CUUGCAUGCACAGCUGCUGCUAUACAAUCCCUGACACACACCUCAUGAAGGACACCUGUGUAGGAAAGAGGGAGUGGUUUGGGAUUGUAAAUGAAGCCACGUGACCAUGCUAAGGUGAGUUCUGAAGUGGGCGUUUCUGCGCCGCUAACCUGAGAGCUCAAGAGCCUCCGACACAGCGCUGAGCUCGUGGGCUUAUCGGGAGUACACUGCCUUAUUGUUAUUAAUAACUAAUUAAUUAAUUAAUUAGUCAAUUUCAUGGCUUCUCCUCUGAGAGCGGGUUUCCACCGACUGGAGGUCCAAAAAACCUCCUGGGAAAUUCCGGACCGGUACACAACCCUAAAUCCCGUCGGUUCCGGGGCAUAUGGAACAGUAUGCUCUGCUAUUGACCAGAAAACAAAGGAGAAAGUGGCCAUUAAAAAGCUGUACAGACCGUUCCAGUCUCUGAUCCACGCAAAGCGAGCCUACCGAGAACUCCGACUGUUACGCCACAUCCAACAUGAAAAUGUGAUCUGCCUUCUGGAUGUUUUCACUCCUGACUCCUCACUGGACAAAUUCCAAACUUUCUACUUGGUAAUGCCAUUUGUGGCUCAGGAUCUUGGCCACAUAAUGAAGAAGGGGAGGCUCACUGAAAAAGUCAUUGUCUACUUGUUCUACCAGUUACUCAGAGGGCUAAAGUACAUACAUUCUGCUGGGAUCAUUCAUCGGGAUCUGAAGCCAAGCAACCUUGCUGUUGAUGAAAACUGUGAGUUAAAGAUAUUGGACUUUGGAUUGGCGAGACAUGCAGAGAUGGAGAUGACUGGCUAUGUUGUGACACGGUGGUACAGAGCCCCAGAAAUCAUUUUCAACUGGAUGCAUUAUACUCAGACAGUUGACAUAUGGUCUGCUGGUUGCAUCCUGGCUGAGAUGAUCACCGGGGAGGUGCUUUUCCCAGGAAAUGACAGUAUGGACCAGCUGAACAUGAUCCUGCAUCUGACGGGAACACCGCACUCAUCACUGGUGCAGAAAAUGCAGAGCAAAGAUGCAAGGUCAUAUGUACAGUCUCUCCCAAUCCAGAAAAAGAAGGUUCUCAGAGAUGUCUUCCCAUCCAUGGAUUCCAAUGCUGUGAAUCUGCUUGAGAAGACUCUGAUGCUGGACCCAGAAGCCAGACUGACAGCUAAAGAUGGACUGUCUCACCCCUACCUCUCGGAGUUUCAUGACCCAGAAAGCGAACCCGAGUCUCCCGCUUAUGACGACUCAUUUGAGAGCCUGGAGCUGGCUAUUAGCGAGUGGAAGAGUCUUAUACACAUGGAGAUAAUGACCUUUGACCCUGACAAUCCUAGACAGACUGCAACAUAACACUUCAUCAGACCUGGGAAUAUGUUGCAAUAAAAAGUUACUAACGAUUAAGCUACAUGCCUGUAUUAUCCAACACACCAGCAGUGAGGGAUAGUGAGUGUAUUUAAGCAGCCAUCUUGAAGUUCUUCGGUUUCCGUCUCUGUACACUGUAAUAUUGCGGUACAUGAAUACCCAUUUUUACUCUGUUUUCCAAUAUUUGUAGUUACAUUUAAAAAAAAAAAAAAGCAUCUGUUAUAUAGCAAUUAUCUGUAGACUAUCUGUUAUACACACAUUUUCAGCCAUUUUAUUAGACACACCUAACUGGUCAAUGUUGUAGCUGUACAAUUAGAGACUACAACCUCAUCUUUCCUCUUCCUCUUCCUCUUCCUCUAGCCCUUCAUCGUUUUCAACUCAGUAGUGAUGUUUAAAAAUGCCAGCAACACGGCAGCAUGUAUAUGGUAGAUGAAUCUAAACAAUUAAACCAGGGGUCAUUUCAAGUAUUCAUACAUAAUCAUUAAUUAAAGCCAUCUAUGACACCCUCUAACAAUUUGGGGAGGAUUUUAUACUGUAUAUAACAUUGUAAAUGACACAUGGGGGCUGACCUGGGUUAAAUAUUGGGGUGCAAAAAAAUCUACAAUAAAAACAAAAAAAUUAAACAAGACCUCCUGCUGUUUUUUAAUAAGCACCCUCACUAACACUAUACUCAGAUCGGGCACCCUCGCAAAUAUUAUACAUUUGUUUCUAUUUCAGUGCAUUCGCACUAGCAAGUAAAUACUUUCUGUGGUCCAGUAAGGGGCAGCAGUUUGCUGUGGGAAGAGAACAGCAGAUAAACAGGUUGGUCCUCUGUGACGUCCUCCACUUUUUCUGCCGUUAUAUAUACAAAACCUCAACGAAACCUGACAUGAUGCAUUGUUGACUUGCUAAAAUGAAACACCCUUUUGAUUAUAAGCACAAUUCCCAAGUAUAUUUCAAUGCAAGGAUUGAAAAAAAUAAUGCUCCUGCAAAAACCGCCUAAACAUUUAAGCAUUUUAUUU